AGCUAUCAUUAUGACAGCAUUGUAACUGUCAAAAAUAGUCUGUGUUUUGGCUUCUUUACUAUUUAUUUUUAAUAACUAAAAUUUAAUAAUAUUUCACAAUUUUUAAUAUUUUAGCAUUUAAAAAAGUUUUUAACAAUUUAGGUAAUAAAAUAUGUGAUAAUCAAUUUUUUUACAAAACCAUAACCUCUGUGUCCAAACCGGCUUGUAUUUAUUAGUCCAAAUUUAAAAAAGAACAUCAUGUCUGACGCUUGGGAAGAGAUUCAAGCUGUGAAAAGUAAGAGGAACAGUUUAAGAGAAAAACUAGAGAAACGGAAAAAGGAACGGCAAAAUAUUUUGGGCGCGAACUUGGCACCGCCUGACAAGAGUGAAGGAUCACCGAGCGGCAAAGAUCGGGUCGUACAUAGCCCGGCCCCGCUGAAGAACGACUCCCCUCAAAGAACAGAUAAACCUAAACAAGUCCCAUCAGUAUCAUUAGAGAUGCGAUUACUGCAAGUGUUAUCAGACAUGCAGUUGCAAUUACCAGCGACUGCCAGCGCCCUAAUGCCAGGACUUGGGGAUGUCGAUGCAGGCAUAGUGGCAAGUCUUCUUCAAAAAUUUGCCACCCAGAAACUUAUAAUAAUAAAGGAGCGUUCAGAGGGCACUUCGGAUGGAGAUAUUGAAGUAGUGAGUGCGGAGUGUGUACGACUGGCAGCCGUACUGGCUGCUCUCAUAGAGGAACAGUCUACUACCAGCAAGAGGAAGGGCAACAAUGUUACUGAAGAAAGUACAAAGGUCAAAGUAGCAAAAACAACUACAGAAGAAAAGAAAACAGCAAAGGGUGAUACCGAUAUAAUGUCAUUAUUAGCAAUGCCAUCGAGUAGAGAAAAGGCAGUCAAGAGGGUUGGAGAGGAGAUCAUGGACUUACUCAGUAAGCCCACUGCCAAGGAGAAGUCUCUCGCUGACAAAUUUAAAAGUCAAGGAGGAGCACAAGUAAUGGAGUUCUGCCCGCACGGCACCCGAGCCGAGUGCAUGCGUGCAUCAGGACCCGACGGCUCCGGACCCGCGCCCCACUACAGCUGCAAGAAACUGCACUUCAAAAAGAUCAUACAGAGUCACACGGAUGAAUCCCUCGGUGACUGCUCCUUCCUCAACACUUGCUUCCACAUGGAUAGCUGCAAAUAUGUUCACUAUGAAGUAGACAAUACAGAUCCUAAUGCAAACGCGCACAAACCUAGCUUGGAGACUACAAGCAAGGGCGCCCAUAACGGGGUAAAUGUACCAGCACCAAAGCCAGAUGGAGUCCUAACCCUCACACCGCCACAAUGGAUUCAAUGCGACCUGCGUUAUUUAGACAUGACCUUUCUAGGCAAGUUUGCUGUGAUUAUGGCGGACCCGCCGUGGGAUAUACACAUGGAGCUACCAUAUGGUACCAUGUCGGACGAUGAGAUGCGAUGUCUUGGUGUACCACAGCUGCAGGACAGCGGCCUCAUAUUUCUCUGGGUUACUGGCAGGGCCAUGGAACUCGGUCGGGAGUGCCUCAAGCUGUGGGGCUACGAGCGUGUAGACGAGUUGAUAUGGGUGAAGACCAACCAGUUGCAGCGGAUCAUACGCACUGGCCGGACCGGACACUGGCUCAACCACGGGAAGGAACACUGUCUGGUGGGCAUGAAAGGAAACCCUGAGAAUCUGAACCGGGGACUCGACUGUGACGUCAUAGUGGCUGAAGUUCGCGCCACGUCGCACAAACCAGACGAAAUAUAUGGUAUAAUUGAGAGGCUCAGUCCUGGUACUAGGAAAAUAGAACUCUUCGGUCGACCGCACAAUGUACAACCUAAUUGGAUCACACUAGGCAACCAGGUGGAUGGUGUGAGACUAGUGGACCCUGAUCUCAUAGCGGCGUUCAAGAAGCGUUACCCCGACGGCAACUGUAUGGCGCCGCCCGCGCCCGACCCCGCGCUUGCCUGACCGACAGCGAAGCAUACCAACAUUGAUGUAGUAUUAACUAACUAGAUGUACAAUCAUUAAGAAAAUGUGUAAAUAAUAUAUGUAUAAUAAUAUAUAAUAAUAAGCAUCAUAUCAGCCGUUAACUGUCCACUGCUGAAUAUAGGCCUCUUCGGAGGUUUUGUCAGUACUUGCCACGCUUAGCAAGCAGCGGGUCUACCAUGAAAAUAAAUUCCGAAAUUUCGGACUCAAUUUCGUGUUUUUGUUUAUACCAAAAUCGGACCAAUAAAUGGGAGUUUAACAUUUCGUUCGUCAUACAUCCUAUCAUAAAAGUCCAAAGGAACAAUAUUUUAACAUUUUUAAUAUUUCCAAACGGCAUGUAUUAUGUAAUUUUAACAUCAAUUUUGUGUUUCGUUUGGCUCCGAAAUUUCGGAAAACAUUUCAUGGUAGGCCCUCAGGUUCGCAACCACAGUUAGGCAUUGAUUAUGUUUUAAGAGAGAUACUGCUAGGCCCAUCCCUCGACCCUUGAGUUCCCUUAGUCGCCACUUACGACACCCAUGGGAAAGGAAGGCGUGGCCAUACAUUUAAAUACAAUAUAAUUAAUUGUAAUUAUUUUUUACUAUCAGAUGUAAAAGAUAGAUGUGAUUUGCGUUCGUAAAAACCUAAGAUACACAGUUAUUAAGAAGACAUGUACAUAAAUAUUAGUAAUUUAAAUUUUAGCUAUAUUUAAUUAUAGUUAUUUUUAACUAUUUUAUAUUAUCAGUUAUUAUAAAUGAUAUUGUGAUUUUCGUUCGCAAUGACCUAAUAUCACACUCGCUACUGUUUGUUAUUGAAAGUGAAAUAUUUUACCCUACUAAACGAGUGCUACCCAUGACUCACGAACAAAUCUGAAUACGCCAGCGUUUUAUUUUUUACUUUUUGCUGAUUUUGUAGCAGUCAAUAUGGUAUAUGUGAUUUUAUGUUCAAAUGAUAUUUCACUUGCUACAUGUGAUAUUAGUUAAAUAAUUAUAUUUUUUUACAGUUCAGUUCAUGGCUGCUAUAUUUCUUUUAUACCUACCUACUGUAGUCAGUUAGUGGAUUUGUAUUGUAUUUAGCUUUAAAGAACGAAUAUUAUAAUUAUAUAUUUAUAUAUACAAAUAAUUAUUAUUAUAUAUACAAAUAUAAUAUAAAAUUAAUACUAUGAAUUAUAGAAAGAAAAGUUGCUCUAUAUUAUAUACAGUCUCCUUUGUUAAUAUUCGCUUGUACAUAGCUAGAAUAUCUGUAAAUAUAUAGAGUAUAUAAUAUUAAGAUUAAUUUGUUAAGCAACAGAGAGACUAGUGUGAGUUGUACAUAAAUUUAUACUGUAACUGGGUUAUGUCUAUAAUUUUAAUAAAAAAUAAUAAUGAAGAAAAUUAGAAUGAAAUGAAAUGAAACGAAUCCUCCCUUGACAGUGUGACGAUAUAAUAAAAUGACAAUUAAAUAUU